CUGAGGCGUCCUUUGGCCUCCUGACCGAGCUCCCCUUUCUCUUCGGCCGGGAUGUCUCAUGGGGUCCCCGCUGCGGGAAGCAUUUUGCAACGAAGUUCCUCUUCCGAAGGAACCCUGCAGAGUCAUGAUGAUGAUGAAAGAAGAGUAAGACGGAGAGAGAAGAACAGAGUCGCUGCCCAGAGGAGCCGAAAGAAACAAACCCAGAAAGCAGAUAAACUCCAUGAGGAAUAUGAGUGCCUUGAACAAGAGAAUACUUCUCUAAAAAGAGAGAUUGGAAAGCUGACAGAUGAAGUAAAACAUCUGAGCGAAGUGUUGAGGAACCAUGAGAAAAUCUGUCCCUUGCUGCAUUGCUCUUUAAACUUUGGGUUGAUUCCCAGACAUGAAGCCCUCCUUGGUCCCUUGCCAAGGUAAAGCUCGCUCCUGAGAAACCUGAAGGAAUGAGAAGACCCUCCACUCUCUUCAUUUUGGCCAUCAUGUUGCAUGAACACAAAUCCUUAUAGCAGCAUGCACCACAUCUACUGUUGCCCUGGGGUCUACCAACCAUCAGGAAUUAAUGUUGAUGUUAAAAAGCCAUGAACUGCAGGCUUAUGGGAGCAAUUUUCAACUGAGCAGGGUACACUCUGUGUGUUUCCACUGUGCAUUCCACGCAAUAGGAAACCUUGUGUAGUGGAAGUGCUGGAAUAUGAAGUAUUUUAAAUUCAAUUCAUUUUUAACCAGGUAGAUGUCUGGUCCCUAUUGCAAUAGAGACUUUGUUGGUGACCAUAGGGAAUGAAGAAGAGGGCUCAGAACCAAAGGGAUCGUACACAUGACAAUCCGUAGUCAAAGACAGGGACUGCUUCUGCUUCCUAGCACUCUGUCUGUUUUUCCCUCUUCCAUUUUUUUUUAUGACAAGCACCUCAAGUUUUGUGAAAACCUGAUUAUUGUAUUUUGGGAUAUAGCUUUAAGAUUGUUUUUAAGUGUGACUAUAUUGCACAGCAUAUAAGGUUUGGGAGGCAUUUCUUCCAGUGCUUCAAGGCACGGUUUUCUGCAGUGAUUAUCGACUUCCAUAUAUUUCUAGCUGUACCACGAUGGAGCUGAACUUGCAACAAAGCUAGUAUUUUCUUUCAAAACUCUUUGAAACUCUGCAACCCAGUGAAGCCUGUGGCAGCCCAAUUCCUCUGGGAGGGAGCUGCUGCUCAUGUUCCCUUGCAGGUCCAGGAUCCUCUUCUGGGAAAGGUGGCUGGCCAGCCCUGCAGCAGCCCUGACCAGAUUCCUUUCAUGUGGCCAAACAAAUGUAUGCAUUUCUCUUUUCUAUGGAGCGGACUUGACAGACUUGUUUAGCAGCAGGACCCACAGCACCAGGGGGCAGAGCUUGUGAGUGUUUGGUCUUUGUUGCUUUCUGGCUUCGGCAGUAGUGAGAACAAUUGCAAGUCGGCUUGAAACUGCCUCUGAUGAUUUGGGAAGUGAAAAUGGUGUGGCAUUGAAGGGUCUUAAUUUAGCAUCCUGAGUUUGCUUAAAAACUCCUCAUGAAGGAAAAUCUCUCACUUUCCAUGGCAGUGUAUUCCAUUGUUGCUUGUUAAAUGCUUUGAUAUUUCUAUGUAUGUCUGCAUGCAACCUUGGUAUCCAAAGAUAUUGGAUCAAAGGAAGUGGCCUCUCUCCUCCCCCUUAUUUUCUCCCAGUCCUGUUGUCUGUGCAUAUCUAGUGUGCAAGAAGUACAGUGGAACCUCGGUUUACAAACUUAAUUCAUUCUGUGACUCUGGUCGCACCCCGAAUU